GCGUUCUGCAGGUGGGCCCAUUUAUGGGCGUCAAGACCCCAUUCCAUUCGUACACAUUUCAUUUCCGUAGCGCCAUUUUCAAAAAAAAACUGAGAAGAGAUAUGAAUCCGGAGAUCACCAUCACCGUUGAAGACGAAAGCGACACGUCCCCGUCCCGUUCGUACACCGUCCAUUUCUUCGACACUCACAUCUUCGUCACCGUCACCAAAACUCCGUCCGUUGUUCGCAAAUGGGUCGCCACAACCGUCUACCUUCGCAACCGCCGCCGCUUGUUCGGCCAACUCGUCAUAGGCGUCGCCGUUCAGUGGAACCCCUACAGAGGAAACGAUCCUCCUGCUCACACUCUCCAACUCUGCGUCGGCUGCCGCUGCUUGAUCUUCCAGCUCUCCCACGCCACCACAGUUCCGCUCAUCCUCCGCCGCUUCUUACUCGACGAAACGAACACCUUCGUCGGGAUUUGGAAUGGCUCGGACCAGAAGAAAUUGGAGAUGGAGCACGGGCUGGACAUUCAUCGGCUUCUGGAUCUGAGGAGGUACGUGGAGACAGAUGAGGGAGAUAGCCUCCUUACGGCUUCCGUGGAAGCGAUUGUGAGCGAGUGCUUAGGGUUCGAGGGGGUGUAUUUGGAUCAGGCCAUCAGCAUGAGCCGUUGGGAUGCUCAUCACCUGAGUUGGGAGCAGGUUUUGCAAGCAACUGUGAAAGCAUAUGUGGCCUUUGAGAUUGGGAAGAACCAGGGUGCUUGGCGGUAUUGAUCGAUCAUCUGAUCCAUCGAUAGAUCUAUUUCUGAUGUGAUCGAUCUAUAACUUCGAUCAAUUCCACUCCAUCUCUUCAUCGAUCUCUGGAUAUCAACUCUUUAUUUUGGUAAUACUAGUCUCUCGAAUCUUCUAUGCUACCAGCCGUUAACUGAUAGUUUUCCUUUUAGUUAAAAAAAACCUUCAGAAUUCAGAAUUCCGAAGAGGUCAAUUUCAAUGGAAGUAGUUGUUAUAAAUUGACUGAAACGUCUUCCGGAUUUUGUUUGUUUUUUGGAUUUCUGAAUGAGUCUUAGAUUUGACUUUGGAUGAUCCUGUUACAUGAAAUUCUCAGCUAUAAAAAAAACCUUAGAAGAGUUUUUGUUCUUUUGCCUAAG